AUGGUGAUCCAGCACCUCAAGACGGUGAUAGCCUUCGCUGGCAACUCCACGACGAUCCUGGAGAGGUUGAAGCUCGUGGCGGAGUGGCUUGAGGAGAUGUUUGGGCGCUUGGCGGAGUGGAUCCUGAACAAUAUCAAGGCCUCAGGGUACGACAUCCCGCCCAAGUGCCUCAAGAUGGCGGUAGCCUUCGCCGACGACUCCACAAUAAUCCAGGAGAGGCCCGUUACCACGAUCGACAUCCGCCGCAACGACGUCGGAUGGAGCUUUGACCGAUUGCUGCGACUUUGGCUCCGGGACACCACCGACGCCGCGGGGAUCUGGGAGCCGUGCCUCGGCGAACAGUCCGACCGCCAGACCCUUGCCUUCUGCCUGGCCACCCUCCAGCGCCAAGGGGUCAGCGCGGUGGGCGCGCACGCCUGCUUUCAGCGACCGGGCGGCGAGGACAUCUACGAGGAGGCCAUGGCCGACCUCGAGGGCAUGGCGGGGAUGGGCUGCUGCUUGCCGCCGCGGUCCGCGGCUGACGUGGGCCUGCUCUCCAGCGCCCGGGUCCGACAGCUGCUGUGCAGCAUCGCGCUGCUUCGGCAGAUCGCCGCCCAUGGGGGGCGGCCGCGCCCCGCCCAAUCGGCCAAGAUGGCCCGCGAGGGCCCCUUGCGCGCCGAGCUGGCCCGGAGGCGAUUCGAGCGCUUCGGCCCGGGCCUGCGUGAAGAGGUGAAACCAGCUUGGGAGUGCCCCAACGAGCUGCGCGCGCGCGACGGCAACCAGCUGAACCCCGGCGCCUGCCUGCGCUGCCGCCGCUGCCGCUUGCAGCGGCCGGCGCGGCUGCUCCGCUCGCUGAUCCCGAUCUGGCGCCGGCAUCUGCAGCGCAGUUGGCGGCAGGUCGCGAUGGAGCCGCUGAGCGUCGUCAUCGGGGGCCCGGUGCCGAGCAACCUCGCCGAGAAGAUGUCCUUGCCGAUCCUCGCCCCAGCGAUGGCGGUGACCAUCAAAGCGCCCGUGCGCGACAUCCCGCUGAAGGACAUCAGGGUGGCGGCCCGCGUCGACGACUCCACUGCGAUCUGGGAGAUGUUCGAGAGCGUGGCGGAUCUCAAGAUGGCGGUGGUCUUCGCCGGCAACUCCACCACGACCCAGGAGACGUUCACGCGCGUGGCGAAGCGAAUUCCGAACAACAUCAAGGCGUCCGUGAGCGACAUCCCGCUGAAGGACCUCAAGACUGCGGCCAUUGCCGACGACUCCACGGCGACCCUGGAGAAGAUCGAGAGCGUGGCGGAGUGGAUCACGAACAACAUCAAUGCGUCCGCGUGCGACAUCCCGCUGAAGGACCUCGUCAUGGUGGUGGCCUUCGCCAGCAACUCCACGACGAUCCAGGAGAUGUUCGAGCUCGUGGCACGCCAGAUCUCGAACACCAGCAAGGCAUCCGAGUACGACAUCCCGCUGAAAGAUUUCAAGAUGGUGCUCGUGGCGGAGUGGAUCCUGGACAACAUCAAGGCGUCCGUGGGCGACAUCCCUCUGAAGGACCUCAAGAUGGCGGUGGCCUUCGCCAGCAAUUCCACGGGGAUCCAGAAGAUGUUCGAGAGCAUGGCGGAGUGGGCCCCGAACAGCAUCAAGGCGUCCUUCGCCGGCAACUCCACGGCGAUCCAGGAGAUGUUCAGGCUCGUGGCGGAGUGGAUCCCGAACAACAUCAAGGCCUCCCUGUACAACAUUCCGCUGGCGGACCUCAAGAUGGCGGCCUUCGCCGACGACUCCACGGCGACCCAGGAGAUGUUCGUGAGCGUGGCGGAGUGGAUCACGAACAACAUCAAGGCGUCCGUGUGCGACAUCCCGCUGAAGGACCUCGAAAUGGUGGUGGCCUUCGCCAGCAACUCCACGACGAUCCACGAGAUGUUCGAGCUCGUGGCGGACCAGAUCCCGAACCACAUCACGGCCUCCGAGUGCGACAUCCCGCUUAAGGACCUCGUCAUGGUGGUGGCCUUCGCCAGCAACUCCACGACGAUCCACGAGGGGUUGAAGCUCGUGGCGGACCAGAUCCCGGACAACGUCAAGGCGUCCGUGAGCGACAUCCCGCUGAAGGACUUCAAGAUGGCGGUGGCCUUCGCCAGCAACUCCACGGGGAUCCAGCAGAUUUUCGAGAGCAUGGCGGAGUGGAUCCCGAGCAGCAUCAAGGCGUCCGUCGCCGGCAACUCCACGGCGAUCCAGGAGAUGUUCAGGCUCGUGGCGGAGUGGAUCCCGAACAACAUCAAGGCUUCCCUGUACAACAUCCCGUUGAGGGACCUCAACAUGGCGGCCGUCGACGCCGACUCCACGGCGAUCCAGGAGAUGUUCGAGAGCGUGGCAGAGUGGAUCACGAACAACAUCAAGGCGUCCGGGUGCGACAUCCCGCUGAAGGACCUCGAGAUGGCGAUAACCGUCGCCAGCAAUUCCACGACGUUCCAGGAGAUGUUCAGGCCCCUGGCGGAGUGGAUCUCGAACAACAUCAAGGCCUCCCUGUACAACAUUCCGCUGACGGACCUCAAGAUGGCGGUGGUCUCCGCCAGCAACUCCACGACGAUCCAGGAUGGGUGGAAUCUCGUGGCGGAAUGGAUCCCGGACAACAUCAAGGCGUCCGUGGGCGACAUCCCGCUGAAGAACCUCAAGAUGGUGGUGGCCCUCGCCAGCAACUCCACGGGGAUCCUGGAGAGUUUCCAGAGCAUGGCGGAGUGGAUCCCGAACAGCAUCAAGGCGCCCUUCGCCGGCAACUCCACGGCGAUCCAGGAAAUGUUCAGGCUCGCCUCCGAGUACAACAUCCCGCUGAAGGGUCUCAAGAUGGCGGCCGAGAUGUUCGAGAGCGCGGAGGAGUGGAUCACCAACGACGUCAAGAUGCGUCAACUCCACGACGAUCCAGGAGAUGUUGCGGACCAGAUCCCGAACAACAUCCAGGCCUCCGAGUACGACAUCCCGCCGACGAAUAUCAAGAUGGUGCUCGUGGCGGAGUGGAUCCUGGACAACAUCAAGGCGUCCGUGGGCGACAUCCCUCUGAAGGACCUCAAGAUGGCGGUGGCCUUCGCCAGCAAUUCCACGGGGAUCCAGAAGAUGUUCGAGAGCAUGGCGGAGUGGGCCCCGAACAGCAUCAAGGCGUCCUUCGCCGGCAACUCCACGGCGAUCCAGGAGAUGUUCAGGCUCGUGGCGGAGUGGAUCCCGAACAACAUCAAGGCCUCCCUGUACAACAUUCCGCUGGCGGACCUCAAGAUGGCGGCCUUCGCCGACGACUCCACGGCGACCCAGGAGAUGUUCGUGAGCGUGGCGGAGUGGAUCACGAACAACAUCAAGGCGUCCGUGUGCGACAUCCCGCUGAAGGACCUCGAAAUGGUGGUGGCCUUCGCCAGCAACUCCACGACGAUCCACGAGAUGUUCGAGCUCGUGGCGGACCAGAUCCCGAACCACAUCACGGCCUCCGAGUGCGACAUCCCGCUUAAGGACCUCGUCAUGGUGGUGGCCUUCGCCAGCAACUCCACGACGAUCCACGAGGGGUUGAAGCUCGUGGCGGACCAGAUCCCGGACAACGUCAAGGCGUCCGUGAGCGACAUCCCGCUGAAGGACUUCAAGAUGGCGGUGGCCUUCGCCAGCAACUCCACGGGGAUCCAGCAGAUUUUCGAGAGCAUGGCGGAGUGGAUCCCGAGCAGCAUCAAGGCGUCCGUCGCCGGCAACUCCACGGCGAUCCAGGAGAUGUUCAGGCUCGUGGCGGAGUGGAUCCCGAACAACAUCAAGGCUUCCCUGUACAACAUCCCGUUGAGGGGCCUCAACAUGGCGGCCGUCGACGCCGACUCCACGGCGAUCCAGGAGAUGUUCGAGAGCGUGGCAGAGUGGAUCACGAACAACAUCAAGGCGUCCGGGUGCGACAUCCCGCUGAAGGACCUCGAGAUGGCGAUAACCGUCGCCAGCAAUUCCACGACGUUCCAGGAGAUGUCCAGGCCCCUGGCGGAGUGGAUCUCGAACAACAUCAAGGCCUCCCUGUACAACAUUCCGCUGACGGACCUCAAGAUGGCGGUGGUCUCCGCCAGCAACUCCACGACGAUCCAGGAUGGGUGGAAUCUCGUGGCGGAAUGGAUCCCGGACAACAUCAAGGCGUCCGUGGGCGACAUCCCGCUGAAGAACCUCAAGAUGGUGGUGGCCCUCGCCAGCAACUCCACGGGGAUCCUGGAGAGUUUCCAGAGCAUGGCGGAGUGGAUCCCGAACAGCAUCAAGGCGCCCUUCGCCGGCAACUCCACGGCGAUCCAGGAAAUGUUCAGGCUCGUGGCGGAGUGA